CCGAGGCUCCGCCCCGCGGUCCCUUCCGCGCUCGCCCCGGGCCCGGCGCUCCCCCCGCCCGGUCCGACCGGCACCGACCGAGUGAGCGACCCCGCCAGCCCGACCCCGCCCGGCCGCCACAUGGCCUCCGCGGCCAGCUCCGGACAGGCCGGCUCCGCGCCGCCGCUCACCGUACAGCGCGGCAUCGUCAAGAUGGUGCUGUCGGGCUGUGCCAUCAUCGUGCGGGGGCAGCCCCGGGGGGGGCCCCCCCCCGAGCGCCAGAUCAACCUCAGCAACAUCCGAGCCGGGAACCUGGCCCGGCGCGGGGCCCCCGGCCAGCCCGACGCCAAGGACACCCCGGACGAGCCCUGGGGCUUCCCGGCCCGGGAGUUCCUGCGGAAGAAGCUCAUCGGGAAGGAGGUUUGCUUCACCGUGGAGUACAAGACCCCGCAGGGCCGGGAGUACGGGAUGGUGUACCUGGGCAAAGACACGAGUGGUGAGAACAUCGCCGAGUCCCUGGUGGCCGAAGGACUCGCCUCCCGUCGGGAAGGGAUCCGGGCCAACAACCCCGAGCAGAGCCGGCUGGCAGAGCUGGAGGAGCAGGCCAAGAGCGCCAAGAAGGGGAUGUGGAGCGAGGGCACGGGGUCCCACACCGUGCGGGACCUCAAGUACACCAUCGAGAACCCGCGGCACUUCGUGGACUCCCUGCACCAGAAGCCAGUCAAUGCCAUCAUCGAGCACGUGCGGGACGGCAGCGUGGUGAGGGCCCUGCUGCUGCCAGACUACUACCUGGUCACCGUCAUGCUCUCGGGCAUCAAGUGCCCCACGUUCAAGCGCGAGGCCGACGCUCCCGAGGUCCCAGAGCCGUUUGCGGCCGAGGCCAAGUUCUUCACGGAGUCCCGGCUGCUGCAGAGGGAUGUGCAGAUUGUCCUGGAGAGCUGCCACAACCAGAACAUCCUGGGCACCAUCCUGCACCCGAACGGGAACAUCACGGAGCUGCUGCUGAAGGAGGGCUUUGCCCGCUGCGUGGACUGGUCCAUCGCCGUGUACACCCGCGGGGCCGACAAGCUGCGCGCGGCCGAGAGGUUCGCCAAAGAGCGCAAGCUGAGGAUCUGGAGGGACUACGUGGCCCCCACGGCAAACCUGGAUCAGAAGGACAAGCAGUUUGUGGCCAAGGUGAUGCAGGUGCUGAACGCCGAUGCCAUCGUGGUGAAGCUCAACUCCGGGGACCACAAAACCAUCCACCUGUCCAGCAUCCGACCCCCGCGGCUGGAGGGGGACAGCGCGCAGGACAAGAACCGGAAGCUGAGGCCCCUCUAUGACAUUCCCUACAUGUUCGAGGCCCGGGAAUUCCUGCGCAAGAAGCUCAUCGGGAAGAAGGUGAACGUGUCCGUGGAUUACAUCCGCCCUGCCAGCAGUGCCACCGAGACCGUGCCCGCCUUCUCGGAGCGCACCUGUGCCACCGUGUCCAUCGGCGGGAUGUGGACCCACCCCAAGGGAUGUCCCCACCCCAAGAGAUGUCCCCACCCCAAGGGACGUCCCCAUCCCAAGGGAUGUCCCACCCCAAGGGACGUCCCCACCCAAAGAGAUGUCCCCACCCCAAGGGAUGUCCCCAACCCAAGGGAUGUCCCACCCCAAGAGAUGUCCCCACCCCAAGGGAUGUCCCCAACCCAAGGGAUGUCCCCACCCCAAGGGAUGUCCCCAACCCAAGGGACGUCCCCACCCCAAGGGAUGUCCCCACCCCAAGGGAUGUCCCCACCCCACGUGUGCCCCCAGGUGUGGUCCCACUACGAGGAGACCCCGGUGGAGGAGGUGGUGCCGGUGCUGGAGGAGAAGGAGCGCACGGCCAACUACAAGCCCGUGUUCGUCACCGAGAUCACCGACGACCUCCACUUCUACGUGCAGGACGUGGAGACGGGUGCCCAGCUGGAGAAGCUGAUGGAGAACAUGCGGGCCGAGGUGGGCGCCCACCCGCCCGUGGAGGGGUCGUACUCCCCGCGCCGAGGGGACUUCUGCAUCGCCAAGUUCGUCGAUGGGGAAUGGUACCGGGCCCGGGUGGAGAAGGUGGAGUCGGGCGGCAAAGUUCACAUCUUCUACAUUGACUACGGCAACAAGGAGACGUUGCCCCCGUCCCGCCUGGCCCCGCUGCCCCCGGCCUUCUCCCCGCGGGUGUUGCCCCCCCAGGCCACCGAGUACACCUUUGCCUUCAUCCAGGUGCCGCAGGACGAGGAGGCGCGGGCGGACGCCGUGGACAGCGUGGUGAGGGACAUCCAGAACACGCAGUGCCUGCUCAACGUGGAGCACCUGGGCCCGGGCUGCCCCCACGUCACCCUCCAGUUCGCCGACUCCAAGAGCGACGUGGGGCUGGGGCUGGUCAAGGAGGGGCUGGUCAUGGUGGAGCCCCGCAAGGAGAGGCAGUUCCAGAAAGUGAUCACCGAGUACCUGAACGCGCAGGAGGCGGCCAAGAGUGCCCGGCUGAACCUGUGGCGUUACGGUGAUUUCCGGGCUGACGACGCGGACGAGUUCGGCUACAGCCGCUGAGGGGCCGGGGGGGCUGCGGGGGGGGGGCUGCGGGGGGUCCCACCCCCCCUCCCUGGGCUGCGGGGGGGCCCCACCGCCCCCCCCCCCCCCACUGCCGAGCCCCCCAUCCCAUCCCGUCCUCCCGGGGGGGCAGCCGGGGGGGGGCUCCGAGCCCUGGGGGUGCCGAGGGGGGGGCACCCCCGGUCCCCCCACCCUGCCUUGGCCCCCCCGCGGCCCCCCCCACCCCGGCCUGUAUUUAAAGCUGCAGAGGCCCAAUAAACGUAGUGAAGCGU